AUGGCCGAUCUGUACGGGACAGCUCCAGACUCCGAAGAAAUCUCGAACAUUCUCAGCCAACUCCUCCACGGCCACGGCUCCUCCGCUUCCUCUUCCUCGUCUUGCAUGCCCUUUAAGCCCACUUACACGCAUCUACUGCAUUCCUCAGUGGCGCCGCACCACGUUACGACGUCGUCCGAGGUCUUGAUUUCGGAGACUAGGCAUGAAGAUUAUCACCGGUUCGCCCGAUCGGAGGACCGGCGAGUCUUGGAAGGGAACUCCGCUGCUGCGGUUGUCGAGUCUUCAUCCGGUUUCGAUUUCACCGAUUCCGGUGGCUAUUUCCAGGCAGAGGUAAAAGAAGGUAUGGAGUCUGACGCGAACACGUCCUUGAAGGGGAGGAGGAUUUCGUCUGAGAAUGAUCUCGGUGACUUUAGCUAUGAUAGUGAGAAGGGUCACGACCGGUCAGAGGUGCCGUUGAACCCAGCUCCGCCACGUAGUUUAUCCAAGAGGAGCAGAGCUGCGGAGGUCCAUAAUAUGUCGGAAAAGAGAAGGAGGAGUAGGAUCAAUGAGAAAAUGAAAGCCUUGCAGAACCUGAUUCCAAAUUCGAACAAGACGGAUAAGGCUUCAAUGCUGGAUGAAGCAAUUGAAUAUUUGAAGCAGCUCCAACUUCAAGUACAGAUGUUAACGAUGAAAAAUGGAUUGAGCUUGCAUCCAAUGUGCUUACCAGGAGUCAUGCAGCCUAUGCAGUUGCCUCAUAUGGGAUUAGGCCUUGAAGAAGGAAGUAAUAAAUUUCCAAAAUCUAGCAGAGGAAUAAGUCCAUUUUAUGAGAAUGAAGAGAAUCCGAUGCAAUCUGCGUUUAAUAUUUCCCCUGGAUGCACAAUCUCAAACCAGCCAAUGGUCUUACCUUCAGUUGCAAAUGUCCCCACUUCAGAAGCCACAUUUGGGUUUGAACCAUCGAUUCAAGCUCUCUACAGGCCCUUCAGUGUCCCCUCAUCUUCUAAGGAACUCUUCAGAGACGGUGAACCACAAGCAAAAUUAGAUACCAGCGAGACUGGGAAGAACUCUUCAUCACAUGUCGACAUAUUGUCCACAAAGCGGCCGGAUGUAUGA